AUGAGCUUUUGUUGUAUAAGAAUUCUACACGCUGCCAGCAUCCAAAUUGGGGAUCUGAAUCACAUCGUCGAUGAAACCGAAAUGUUAAACUUUAUUCGCCACCAACAAAUUGCUUCGAAAUUAAAACGAAAAAGAUUAAAAACUGCUUCUCCAUUCACAGUUGGAUGGAAAGAAAAACAAAAAUCGCAGCUUAAGAAACACGAUGUAGCCGAGAUUUAA